AUGAUGAAUGCCACCCACCACCGUGGGAUGCACACUUCUCUCCACUUCUGGAACCGCAGCAGCUACGGGCUGCACAGCAAUACCAGUGAGUCCCUCGGAAAAGGCUACUCUGACGGAGGGUGCUACGAGCAACUUUUUGUCUCUCCUGAGGUGUUUGUGACCCUGGGCGUCAUAAGCCUGUUGGAGAAUAUUCUAGUGAUUGUGGCAAUAGCCAAGAACAAGAAUCUGCAUUCGCCCAUGUACUUUUUCAUCUGUAGCCUAGCUGUGGCUGAUAUGUUGGUGAGCGUUUCAAACGGAUCGGAAACCAUUGUCAUCACUCUGUUAAACAGUACAGAUACGGACGCACAGAGUUUCACGGUGAAUAUUGAUAAUGUCAUUGACUCAGUGAUCUGUAGCUCCUUGCUUGCAUCGAUUUGCAGCCUGCUUUCCAUUGCUGUGGACAGGUAUUUUACUAUCUUUUAUGCUCUCCAGUACCAUAACAUUAUGACAGUUAAGCGGGUUGGGAUCAUCAUAAGUUGCAUCUGGGCGGCUUGCACCGUGUCGGGCAUUUUGUUCAUCAUUUACUCAGAUAGUAGCGCUGUGAUCAUCUGCCUCAUCACCAUGUUCUUCACCAUGCUGGUUCUCAUGGCUUCUCUCUAUGUUCACAUGUUCCUGAUGGCCAGACUUCACAUUAAGCGGAUCGCUGUCCUCCCGGGCACCGGCACCAUCCGCCAAGGCGCCAACAUGAAGGGGGCGAUUACUCUGACCAUACUGAUUGGGGUCUUUGUGGUUUGCUGGGCUCCAUUCUUCCUCCACUUAAUAUUCUACAUCUCUUGCCCCCAGAAUCCAUACUGUGUAUGCUUCAUGUCUCACUUUAACUUGUAUCUCAUACUGAUCAUGUGCAAUUCAGUCAUUGAUCCUCUGAUUUAUGCACUCCGAAGCCCAGAACUGAGGAAAACCUUCAAAGAGAUCAUCUGUCGCUACCCCCUAGGAGGCCUCUGUGACUUGCCUAGCAGAUACUAAGUGGGGACAGAAGAGACCUCAUUUUUACACAGCCUUGACUGAGUACUUUUGCAACAACAGCUUUCUCUUCUGUGCAGGGCAUUAACUGAGAAAAUCCACUGUGUAAAUUUAAGUUUAUGAUUUUUGACAUGAAAACAUGGCUAGUCUUUGGAUUAUUUCUAAUGUCACACUGCUGUUUGGCUGUCAAAUGUUAAUCUACACUGCAUAU